GACAAAGCUUCAAGCUAAGUACCUGCCCAACCAAAAAAAAGGUUGUUUUUAAGGGUUCUGACUGUAAGAUUCACACAUUACACGCCCAUAAGCUCUCCCUUUCUUCUUCCUCAGCUUCUUCCCUCUAUCUGAUAAUGUAAGCAGUUAGCACAAAGGCAAAAGCUAAAACCUUUCUGUUUAUUGCCUUUUUAGUUUGUUUUUUUAGCUCUGAACUUUCAAGUGUUAGAACAUCAACAAUGGUUUCCACUGGCUCUCUGUCAAUGCUGCCUCUGCUACUCUGCAUUUCCUUGUUACUGGGCUUCUGUUCUGCAGAAGAUCCAUUUGUGUUCUAUGACUUUGAAGUGUCCUACAUUACUGCCUCUCCUCUUGGUGUGGAACAACAGGUUAUUGCUAUCAAUGGGAAGUUUCCAGGCCCUACUAUGAAUGUAACUACUAACAAUAAUGUUGUUGUCAAUGUACACAACAAAUUGGAUGAAGACCUCCUCAUGCAUUGGUCUGGUAUUCAAAUGAGGAAGAGUUCUUGGCAAGAUGGGUUGCUUGGUACUAACUGUCCCAUUCCUUCAAAGUGGAACUGGACCUACCAAUUUCAGGUCAAAGAUCAGAUUGGCAGUUUCUUCUACUUCCCUUCCCUUCAUUUCCAGAGAGCAGCAGGGGGUUUUGGUGGUAUUACUGUUAACAACAGAGAAAUAAUUCCAAUUCCUUUUGAUACCCCUGAUGGGGAUAUCACAAUUAUGAUUGGUGAUUGGUACACCCGAAAUCACACGGCCCUGAGGAAAACUCUUGAUGACGGGAAAAGCCUUGGCAUGCCUGAUGGUGUUCUUAUUAACGGCAAAGGGCCUUACAGAUACAAUAAUUCUCUUGUCCCUGAUGGUAUUGACUAUGAAACAAUCACAGUCCACCCCGGCAAAACUUACAGAAUCCGCGUAAGUAAUGUCGGGAUAUCAACGAGUUUGAACUUCAGAAUUCAGAGUCAUAACCUGCUUCUAGCAGAAACGGAGGGGUCAUAUACAGUGCAGCAGAACUAUACUAGCUUAGAUAUUCACGUUGGACAAACAUACUCAUUUUUGCUAACCACCGAUCAGAAUGCAAGUUCUGAUUACUAUAUUGUUGCGAGCGCGAGGUUUGUGAAUCAAACUACAUGGCAAAGAGUCACUGGGGUUGCCAUAUUAAAAUACACAAAUUCAAAGGGGAAGGCUCAUGGUCCUCUUCCGGACCCACCACAGGACCAAUAUGAUAAAACCUACUCCAUGAACCAGGCGAGAUCUAUAAGGUGGAAUGUGACUGCCAGUGGUGCCCGUCCAAACCCUCAAGGUUCUUUCAGAUAUGGCUCAAUAAAUGUGACCGAGCUAUAUGUGAUACAGAACAAGCCACCAAUAAAGAUUGACGGGAAACAGCGAACUACCAUUAAUGGGAUUUCGUUUGCAAAUCCCAAGACACCAAUAAGGCUUGCAGACUGGUUUAAGGUGAAAGGGGUGUAUAAGCUUGAUUUUCCCACCAAACCACUUACGGGGCCACCUAAGAUAGAGACUUCUGUCAUAAAUGGUAGUUUUAGGGGAUUUAUGGAGAUAAUACUGCAGAACAAUGACACAAAGGUGCACACCUACCACUUGAGUGGAUACGCCUUUUUUGUUGUUGGGAUGGAUUACGGCGAGUGGACAGAGAAUAGCAGGGGAACUUACAACAAGUGGGAUGGAAUUGCUCGUACUACAGCACAGGUUUACCCUGGGGCAUGGACAGCAAUCUUAAUCUCCCUCGACAACGUUGGAAUCUGGAACCUGAGAACUGAAAACCUCGAUGCCUGGUACCUCGGUCAAGAAACAUACCUCAGAGUUGUAAAUCCCGAGGUGACAAACAAGACUGAGUUGCCAAUUCCAGAUAACGCCCUCUACUGUGGCGCCCUUCAGAAGAUGCAGAAGCCUCAAGAAAUCUCGUCUGGAACUCUGGGCAAUGCACCGAAACUGAUUGUUGCUGUGGUGAUGGUGGCGAUAUCUGCUCUGAUCUCUUUGUUCUAAUGGAAUUAAAUCUGUCCUGUGAUGCCUGUUUUGUGUUGCAUUCGGGAGCUGGGGGUUUGAUUUAUUGAGGAUUUGUGGUUUUAAUUAAUUAAGAUGUAGGAGUGUAUUAACGUAGUAUUGUUCAUACGAUUCUUGUCAUUUUUAUUAACAUGUAAUUUUAUUUAUUUCUCCGGCUGUAUUAAUUGCUCCCGGGAUUUUAUUUGUUCAGAUUCAACAUUCUUUUUAUGAGUACAAGGUGUGAAUUUGUUGAGCAAUGCACCAAUUUCUAGUAA